ACUUGGACUUGACCUCUUGACUAGACUAGACAUAGUUUUUUUGGGAUCGGUCAAGAACCUCUUUCUUGCCAACCUAAAGUUAUUGAAGUCUGGCCGAAUAUUGAAAAAAAAACUGCGAUUUUGUCAUUUUGAUGGCUUCAUUCAUUUUGGUUUUGUGUUUGUCAGGGUAAUGGCGAAUUUUUACUAAAGCCAUGUCUUUGCCAUACGGCCCACCUCAAGCCGUCUCACCCUUAAUCCGAGGGGUGAGGUUCGCUUUGCUACUGGCUGGCAUAAUAUAUGCCCAGGGGAAGCAAAGACUGUACAACUCCAUGGAAGCUUCCUACCGGGAAGAAGAAGCCCGAAAGAAGGUCAUUCGCGACAAGCAGAUGGCUAUCUUGAAAGCGAAAAUCGCUGCCGAGGAGAAAGAGGCAGUGCGGUUGUUGGAGACUGGAAAAUUAUUCGAUACAGGACCCGGUGGAGGUGGUGGUGGUGGAAGUGGUGGUUCUGGCUGCUAGAAAUUGAUGGUUACUCCAAUGUUAUUACGAUUACAAUAUUUAAUUUAAUUAGGAAAAAUGUGAAAUCUAAAAUUUUCAGCAAAUUAAACCAAACGUAAAAA